AUGACUGCACCAAUACUCUUCAAUGAUAAAAAACAUCUGGGAAAGUUUUCUCUUAUUUGGCUAGAUCAAAAUGCUAAUCUUAGUAAAGAUAUUGAACAAAAAUUACGUUCGAUCAUAAAUCAUUUGAAACAAUUUCAAGAUAUUGAACAAUAUCAUCAAUAUAUCGAACAAUCGUUGGAACAGUAUCGUUUAAUUCUUAUUGUUAAUGAUGAAUUUGGAAAAAUCAUAGUACCUCAUAUUCAUUAUAUUAAUAAACUUCUAUCAAUCUAUGUUCAUUGUUCUGAUAAUAAUAUAGACAAACAAUGGUCAUCAAAAUUUCAAAAAAUUAAAAGUGUUGUUAUUGACAUAGAUGACCUUAUUAGUGUAAUAAAAAACAAAUUUAAAAUUCAAAGAAAACUUGAAGAAUCAUUUUCAAUCAAUGGAUAUUCACUUCAUAAUCAAUCAAGAACACGAUUAAAUACUCCAUUUCUAUUUUCACAAAUAUUUCUUGAUUCUCUUCUUAAAUUAAAAUCAAAUGAAAAUGAUCAAAAUAAUUUAAUUCGUUAUCUUCAACAUGAAUAUCAAAAUAAUCCAAAUGAAUUAAAUAAUAUUCAACAGUUUAAAGAAAAUUAUUUAUCAAAUAAAGUUUUAUGGUGGUAUAAGAGAAAAGAUUUCUUUUUUUCUUCAACAUUAAAUGCUGUAUUGAAAACUAAAAAUCUUUCAAUGAUGUUUUUAUUUCGUUCAUUUCUAUUUGAUAUACAAGAACAACUAAGAAAAUAUCAAUCAAAACAAUGUUUGAAAGUCUAUCGAAGUCAAAUCAUGUCAAUUGAUGAUUACUAUUAUAUAAACAAUGCAAUCAAUUAUUUAUCCGCUAAUUCAUUUCUAUCUACAACUAAAAGUUAUUCCACAGCAUGUUCACUUUUUGAUCAACUGGAUAUUGGCUCGGAGUCUAUGAAAGUUAUUUUUGAAAUCAAUGCUGAUCCAAAUGUUGUGACAAGUAAACCAUUUGGAGAUAUAAGUGAACUGAGUAAUCAUUCAGAAAUUUUGUUUAUGCCUGGAUCAAUAUUUCGUGUUGAGAAAUGUGUGUAUGAGUUAAACGGGCCAAAUAUUAUUCAAAUGACUUUAUGCAAUGAAAAUGAUUUGAAUUUAAAUGAACAAAUUGAUAAUGAUAUGAUAAAUCCAAGAUUAAUAGGAAAAAUUGUAUCUAAAAUGGGUAAAAAUGAUUUAGCUGAAAAAUAUUUUCAACGUUUGAUUGAACAACUAUCGUCCAAUGAUUCCUUACUUGCCGAUUUAUAUGAAGAUCUUAGUCAAGUAUUAUCUCAAAUAGGAGAUGAUCAGAUGAGUAAAACGUGGUAUGAGAAAUCCAUUGUAUUUAAACAACAAUAUCAAUUAAUGGACAAAUCGACAGGUUAG